AUGUAUCGCCGAGGAUAUCAUUCAUCAUUUUCCUCUGAAGCCCAUGAAACAUAUGUUAAAACGCCGACGGUUCGGCAAGACUCAUCUACGGGCACUUUUGAGGAGAAAGAGAAUGAAACCUGGCACAAUAGGACAAGUAGCGCAAGCAAAAGUAUUGCGGUCCCAGGAGACGAGCAGGAUUCGGCCCUGUUGAGUGAAGAACUAGAAAAGAAAUCUAUCAAUGAUGGGGAGGACUCAUACCGGGUCAGUAACUUUCACGAUGCUGCUGUUAAUUUAAGUGUAGCUUCCAACACUAUCAGCAAUAGACUAGAUGACUCAUACUACUCCAUACUUGAUAAGCUUUCUACACUUCAAAGCACUGUAAACAGCUUGAAAAAGCUCGCAAUUAUGACACGAGAGCUAAACAUCGACUUCGUGGCUGAAGGAGAGGAUUUAAUUCACGCGGCAAAUGCACAGCUUGAUUCCUUUAAUAAUUUCGAGGACCAAGCUAUACAUAUCAAGCAACUGAAAGAAAGAGUGGAAUCUGGCCGAGAACGAAUGGGAAUCUUGCGAGAGAGAGUCAAAGAAGUUAAGAUGCGUGUUGAGGGCUGGGAAAAACGUGAGCGCGAGCAGCAGGACCAAACAAGGAAAAGACUGAGGAUCUUAUGGGGCUGUCUCAGUGGAAUUUUGGUCCUGGUAUUCAUGGUACGCAUUUUACCAUUGUGGAUGGCCAACUCCUCUAAUCUUGAGCACUCGAAACAAGUGGCAAACAUCAAUGAAGAACCUGACAGCCAAAUUUUCUCAAUAACAUCAAUGGAACACGACAGCAAUGAGCCUCCUAUAGACAGACUAAAUGAUGCUAAGUUGACCUAUAGUGAAUUAGACAAUAAUGAGAAGCUAACGAAUCGUAAAGAUUUGUGA